AUGGUGGCGCAGGCGACGCUCAUGGACCCUGUCACGCAACCGCCGCCUCGCAUCGACAUGAAGCAGGAGCCGGACGUCGGCCACGCCCUGGGUGUGGGCGUGGACGCCACCUCCAAGCGCCGAGCCCCCAAGCCGCGCGCCGCGAGGGCGGCCGAGACCGCCAGCGCGGCUGCAUCCUCGGCCUCGUCGUCGCAGCCGCUCCCGCAGCAGCCGAACGGAUGGAACCUGGCCACGAUCAAGGAGGGCGGCAAGCGCGCGAAGCCCGAGGCGCCCAAGUUCCUGCUGCUGCUGUACGAGAUCCUCGACGUCGAGAGCUCGCGCGUGAUCCGGUGGUCGGAAGAUGGCCUGGCCCUGCAGAUCCUGGACCCCGUGACCGUCACGGAGCAGAUCCUGCCCAAGUACUUCAACCACACCAACUUCCACAGCUUCCAGCGCCAGCUCAACUACUUCGGCUUCCGCAAGUGGACCAAGUCCAAGACGGACAUCUGCACGUUCAGCCACCCCUACUUCAGAGAGAACCAGCCGGAGCUGCUCCAGCUCAUCAAGCGCAAAAAGGCUCCGAGGCGAGCGCCCGCCAGUGGCGCCAGCAGCACCACGUCCAACACGACGACCGCGUCGGGUGCAGGCCAAACGUCGAAGAAGUUGUCCCCGUGUGGGAAGCGGAAGCUCCCCUCCGCUGGGGACAGCAACUCGGACGGCUUCUCUACCCAAAGUACCGGGAUGCACAUUCAGAUGAACACCUCAGCGGUCCCCAUCCAGCCUGCAAUUAACGGGUUGCCACUAAGUGCCAUGACGACGCCCCACGGAGCUUCAUCCAACGGGGUGUUGGGCUUCCCACAAGACGGUCUGACUCGCCACUAUUUGCCGGAGCUGAACAAUGUUAUCUCCCCUGUGGCAGCUACGGAGUGCAAGAAGAAGGCCAAGAAACUCGACAGGAAGGACUACCUCGCAAGUGCCACAAUACAGGCACCACUGGCGUCACCCACCGAUGCGUCUAGCUCGCUCGUCAACAAAUCGACGGUGCCGUCGAUGAGCGCGUCAGGGUUUAUGGCGUCCUCUUCGAUGCCAGGUUGCAGCAACAAUGUAUCAAUGUGCAACAGCAGUCGGGCAAGCUCGGAUGGUGGAUCUUCACAAGUGAGCGGGUUCGCCACGGCUGCGACGCCCACAUCAACCGCGCUGCCCACCUUGAACAUUGUGCGCAGCCGCCUAAUUCAACGACAGCAAGCCGGUGGCUCCGAGCAACAGCAACAACCGGUUCUCCAGCAACAGUCUCAGCAGCACUUCGACUACAACGGAUUCUGUGGGUUCUCCGCACCAAGCGCACCUCAGGGCAUUGUCGUCCCAGCCAUGGAUAGCCGUCCCGACCGCUUAGCUCAGUCGCUGUCUAUGGCACCAGGGCCCCGAGCCGAAGUGAAUCCAGGCCAGAGCCCUGAAUUCUCGAACUCGUUCAGCGACCCAGUGAACAUCCUCUUACGUAUCAAGAAGUCGCGGACUUCGUCGGGUGAAGGAAAGGACGUGGGCACGAGGCAAGAGCAGGCUGACGACCAAAACGAGAACCUUGCCUCGCUGCACAACUAUUUGCUCGGAAACAGCUUGUAUACUAACCGCCUCCAAGCGCAAGUGAAGUUCCUCGCAGAGGAGAAUGAAGCUUUGAAGCACAUGCUGGACACCAAGAACCGCGAGGUAGACGCGCUGCAGAGCGAGCGCAAGGCGUUGCAGCAAGAAAAUGCGGUGCUGCUAGAGGACAAGAACAAGCUUUUCGAGAUCAACCGUGACCUACUGGGCAAGCUGUUUCCGCAGUGA